AUGGACGUGGACCAGCAGACUUUCAUACCUGGCCGUAAUCAGUUGGGAAAAGGCGAAACGCUUUCACCGGACUCUUCUGCAUAUGAGAUGCUCCAUACCCUCAGCACCACAUGGCCAUGCCUAUCGUUCGAUAUCAUCAAGGACUCUCUGGGCGACAAUCGCAAAACCUAUCCAGCGACAAUGUACGCGGUGGCAGGAACGCAGGCCGAGAGUAGAAAAGCGAAGGACAAUGAAUUGCUGGUCAUGAAGCUCAGUGGGCUGAGUCGGAUGGACAGAGAUAACGAAGGCGACUCGGAUGAGGACGACGACGAAGACGACGACGAGAACGCCGAGCCUAUACUUGAGACAAAGUCAAUACCUGUCUUCUCAACUACGAAUCGAAUACGAGCCCACACAGUCCCCCAGACCGAUACCUCGAAGCCUCCUACAACCUUCACAGCAACGAUGACAGAGAACGCCGAAGUCCUAAUCCACAACAUCACACCCCACCUCUCCUCCUUCGACAAUCCAGGCACGAUUAUAACUCAGCAGCAAUCGAAACCCGUGUCAACGCUGUGCAUGCACAGAACAGAAGGUUACGCACUAGAUUGGUCUCCGCUUUCUCCACAGGGCAAACUCCUCACGGGCGAUAACGACGGCAAGAUCUUCCUGACGACUUGCGAAGGAGGCAAGUGGACAACAGACAACAGACCGUUCACCGGUCACACUGGCAGUGUAGAAGACAUUCAAUGGUCUCCUACAGAACGCAACGUCUUUGCUUCCGCCAGCAGCGACGGCACGGUCAAAGUCUGGGACACCCGCUCCAAGUCUCGAAAACCCCAAUUAAGCGUCAAAAUCAGCGAUACCGAUGUGAAUGUAAUCUCAUGGUCUCAAAGAAACGCCUUCCUUCUCGCUACCGGCGCGGAUGAUGGCGUUUGGUCUUGCUGGGAUCUACGGCAAUGGAAACCCGCAUCUCCCGAUGGGGCAGCGCCAACACCAAAGCCAGUCGCUUCCUUCAAUUUUCACAAAGAGCAGAUCACGAGUAUUGAGUGGCAUCCGACUGACGACAGCAUUGUGGCUGUCGCGGCAGGUGAUAAUACGCUAACGUUGUGGGAUUUGGCGGUGGAGUUGGAUGACGAGGAGAGUCAAAAUACAGCAGAUGUGAAGGACGUGCCACCGCAGCUACUGUUUGUACAUUACAUGGAAAUGGUGAAAGAGUGCCACUGGCACCCCCAAAUAUCAGGAUGUGUGAUGGGGACUGGAGGUGGAGGGUUUGGCGUCUUCAAGACGAUCAGCGUCCACCCAGUCCUCGUCGCUGAAGCCAGAACCUUCGCUAUCCCUACAUCAGCAUCUUCCCUCCCGCAGCCCGUCCUCCUUCCACACUCAGCAGAUACAGCCGGUUCUGUAUCUACUCCGCAAACAGCGUCGUUCCGCAUCCCCGUUCAACCCUUCCUCGCCACCGCACAUCCGAUCUCGAAUCCCCUCGACUCCACGGCCUUCCGCACCCUUCGAGACCCCGCGGACAUGCCCUCCACCCCCGGCGGUCUGGGCCGUUUCGAAAACCCCCUGCGUUACAUCGCCGGGAAGAAACGACCGGACAAGGCCGACAAGGCGGGCGGCGGCGCACGCGAGAAGAAUAAGGAAGGCGAGAAGUUGAAGCCGAAGCCGAAGCCGAAGGUAGGCGAGAAGGGCGAAGGUGGCCGGAAGGUAAUCGUUCGGAGCAGCCGUGGGUACGAUGUGAAGAGACUUCCGCAGAAAGACGGUGGACGUGGUGGAGGGAGGGAGGGGGGAGGAGGAGGUGCCGGUAAGGGUGCGAAGGAUAAACCUCGGGGUUCCGGUCGCGCUGGAAGCGGUGGGCGUGGUGACGGUGGAGGGGCGGGGAGUGUGCGGAGGGGUGGUGAUGGUGGUGGGGGUGAUGGUGGAGAGGAUGGGCGUGGAGGGGAUGCUGGUGGGGAGGAUGCUGGUGGAGGGGAUGUUGGUGGAGGGGAUGCUGGUGGAGAGGAUGCUGGUGGGGAGGAUGCUGGUGGAGGGGAUGCUGGUGGGGAGGAUGCUGGUGGGGAGGAUGCUGGUGGGGAGGAUGCUGGUGCAGAGGAUGCUGGUGCAGAGGUUGCUGGUGCAGAGGAUGCUGGUGCAGAGGUGAAGGUUGCUGGUGCAGAGGUUGCUGGUGCAGAGGUUGCUGGUGGAGAGGAUGCUGGUGCAGAGGAUGUUGGUGGAGAGGAUGCUGGUGAAGUUCUGGUGGAGAAGAUGCUGGUGCACAGGAGGCUGGUGGAAGGGAUGCUGGUGGAGAAGAGGCUGAUGGACAAGAUGCUGGUGGACAAAAUGCUGGCGGACAGGAUAAUCGUGGGGAGGAUGCUGGUGCACAGGAUGCUGGUGGACAGGAUGAUGGUGGGGAAGAUGCUGGUGGGGAAUGCUGGUGAACCGGAUGCUGGUGGACAGGAUAAUCAUGGGGAGGAUGUUGGUGGAGAGGAUGCUGGUGGGGAGGAUACUCAUGCAGAGGAUGCUGGCGGAGAGGACUGA